GUUCCCAUUUGCACUGUAAACCCACGCAAUUACACUCCUUUGCUCGCCUCUGACUGCGUGUUUCGAUUCCCCUCCAUAUCAAGUGUCCAAGAUCUGAAGAUACAGCAGCCACGACUGUUCCGAAUCACUCCCAUAUUGUGACCACCGUUUCUCGCUCAACGAAGUGCCUCGAACGCAUCGCGAACCUCUAUCGCCCAGACCCACUCCAACAUCGCCGCUAGUCACUCGCGCUCCGCGCCACCAAUGCACAUUUUUCCGCCUUGCGCAACCACGCUUAGGUAGCCGAAGAGACUGACGCCGAGCGCGGGUUACGGCGUCGACGAGACAUGCGCAGGUGAUUUCCUGGUGGCACGUGUGUUUUCAGGUGUCAAGUGUCCGGCGUCAUUGGAGAGAGAGAGGUUGCCAUCCGUGAAGCUGCCAUUUGCUUCUCCGCGUCACGCCUUCCCACUACAUCAGCACCGUCCGCGAGGCCAACAUGGACGACAAUGAAAUCAAGCAGGACGUACUGGAGUCGGAAGUACGAGAAAUGAAGCUGAAAGAGGAAGAGGAAAGCGUAGACAUGGACACCAUAUCUCUCUCUGCGGCGGCGGCCAAGGAGGUCAACUCUGGCCAGGCCAGUGGCAGUGGCACGCCGUCCAGCAUGAAGCGACGGUCGAAGUCGCCCGUCAAAUCACGAGCGAGCGCUGAUUCUCCGGCCAUCAAAACGGACGACGAGGAGACUAUUGGCGGCGAAGUCACAUUGAAGACCGAGCCGGGCAAGCCGCCAAAGCUGUCGCGCACGACUUCGCAUAAGAUUGAAAAACGAAGUGCACGGUUGUACUUCGAUCAUGCCGACACCACAGAAGAGUCAAAGUCUACGUUCGAGGUCCUGCCGCAGUGCACGUAUGCCAACAAAUACUUGGGUACCACUGAACAUGCACUCGAAUGUGAUUGCGUGGAAGAAUGGGACUCAUCAUCGCGGACGAAUGAGGCCUGCGGAGAGGAUAGCGAUUGCAUCAAUCGCGCGACGAAGAUGGAGUGUAUCGGCGACUGCACUUGCGGCUCAGCCUGCCAGAACCGACGCUUCCACAACAAGCAGUACGCUGAUGUUUCGGUCUUCAAAACAGAAAAGAAAGGCUACGGGCUCCGCGCCAAUACCGAUUUACGGCCUAACGACUUCAUUUUCGAAUACAUUGGCGAGGUCAUUGGUGACCAAGUCUUCCGGCGGCGAUUGCACCAGUAUGACGAGGAGGGGAUAAAACACUUCUACUUUAUGAGUUUGUCGAAAGGCGAAUUCGUUGACGCAACAAAGAAAGGCAACCUGGGACGGUUUUGCAAUCACAGCUGUAAUCCCAACUGUUACGUCGAUAAAUGGGUGGUGGGCGACAAACUUCGAAUGGGCAUAUUUGCCGAACGCAAGAUCAAAGCCGGCGAGGAACUUGUCUUCAACUACAAUGUGGACCGGUACGGUGCAGAUCCACAGCCAUGUUACUGCGAAGAACCGAACUGUACUGGUUUCAUUGGUGGCAAGACGCAAACAGAGCGUGCUACCAAGCUCUCCAGUACUAUCAUCGAGGCUUUGGGCAUUGAUGACGCUGAUGCGUGGGACACUGCCGUGGCCAAGCGCCCUCGCAAGAAGAAGGCUGGUGAGGACGAUGAGGAAUACGUCAACAACAUCGAGCCUAGGGGUCUCGACGAAGAAGGCGUAAACAAGGUCAUGUCUUCCCUCAUGCAAUGCAAGGAGAAGUGGAUUGCGGUCAAGCUCCUGUCACGCAUACAACGCGCGACUGAUGACAAGGUCCGCCAACGGGUCAUUCGCUUCCACGGGUAUCGCAUACUCAAGACGGCUCUGUCUAACUUCAAGGAAGACACCAAUGUGUGCAUUCAGAUCCUGGACAUUCUAGACACCAUGCCGAGGCUCACCCGCAACAAGAUCCAGGAUUCGAAGAUUGAAGAGGCAAUUGAGCCUUUGACUGAGAAUGAGGAUGAACGAGUUGCGUUUCGCGCUAGAGAACUGCUAGAAGCGUGGUCGAAGCUGGAGGUCGGUUACCGUAUACCACGUGUCAAACGUGACCCCAACGCUGUUCCCGACCGCAAGACAGAUCGACGAGAUGGGGAGCGACGACGCAGCAAGUCUCGGUCACGAUCGAAAUCGCCCGAGCGCAUAGUAGCGCCGACAGGUCCUCGAGCAGGUGCGCCAGCGCGUCCAGGCUUCACGAGACCUCCGGGGCGUUUUCGACCACCUCCACCUGGAACUGGCUUGCCUGCUGGUUGGUUUGAAGCGACUGCUGCCAAUGGCGCCACCUACUAUUACACACAGAAUGGCACAACAACAUGGCAGCGGCCGACCGUGGCUGCCAAUGCGGCGCCUCCGCCUCCACCUCCGAAGGCGGUGACUGACCAGAUGGCUUUACAAGAUCUCAUCAAGAACAUUGUCGCCUCGAAACAAGAUCAACCGGCUAAGCCCUCUGCCACUUCGACUCCUGUCGAGACGCCGAAGAAGGAGCGCAAAGAAGAAAAGUGGCGGAAACUUCCAGAGGAGAAGCAGAAGAAGCUGUACGAAAACGCAUUGCAACCCCAUAUCCUGCAUGUGGCAGGGAAGUUCAGGAAAGAGCUGCCAAAAGAAGACCUCAAACGCUGGUCCAAGGAGUUCGCCAAACAAGUUGUUGAUUCUGAUUUCAGGAAAGGUCGAGUGGACGAUCCCAACAAGGUCAGUGACAAGAGAGCAAAAGAUGUCAAGAAGCAAUGUCAAGCCUUUUUCGAGAAAGCCAAGAAGAAGAAGCUUGUGGCCGACCAGAAACGAGCGGAGAGGAAGGCGCAGAAGGAGAAGAGCGGCGAGGAUGGCAGCAAGACCCCACCAGGUUCACCGCCGCCCGCAGUGGCCAGUCCAGUCGCUGUAGACGACGAUGUUUUGUCGGACCAAGAGAUGGACGAUGCGGUGGAUGCUACUCCUCAGGACACUGCGCUCAAGCGGAGGCGUGACGAUCCUUCAAGUCUCACCGACGAAGAGCUUGCCGCCAAGAAGCAGCGUAUGGAGCCGAUCGACUUUGCACCACCACCUCCUCCCCCUCCGCCGCCGGUCACUGAACCGGGCAUAGACAGCGAGCAAGCAACUCCUCGAACCAAUGACGGAGACUACAUGAACGGUACUUCAAGUCACGAGGAUCUCGGCUUUUCUAUCAAAGGAGCCGCGCGCUCACAAAGUCGUCCCGGCUCGCGCAGUGACGAACCCGUGCAGACUGCGACGCCGCCUACUACUGGCAGUCCUGAUCAGGAUGAAACAGAAAAGGCUGCCCAGCGGACGAACUACGGAGAAAUGAACCCAGAGCGCUUGCGACAAUUGGGUGUUUUGGACUUGCCGAACAACUGAUACCUUUUCGUUCUUCUAUCUUGAUUUGACGAUUCGUGGGCAUUUCUAGCAGGCACGUUGCAGUAUUGAGAUGGGCAGCUUACAGGCCCAGUACAACAGCAUUUGGGAGAAGGGGUCAGAAAGGAACUUUUUUUAAUGCUGUACACUAGUUUUGUCACGCAGAGCAUACGCUCUCGAGCCUUUGAUAAUGGCCAACAUUUGACAUGUAACUUCUGAAGAGUCUCUCAUGCCA